AUGACGAUCAUUCUGUUCUUCCUCAGUUUCUUGGCCACUGCUCUGGCAGCCACGCCUGCAGAAUGGCGCUCCCAGUCGAUCUAUUUCCUGCUGACCGAUCGCUUUGCACGAACCGAUAAUUCUACCACUGCUUCGUGUGAUUUGAGCGCCCGGCAAUAUUGCGGUGGAUCCUGGCAGGGCAUCAUCAACCAGCUGGAUUAUAUCCAAGGAAUGGGCUUUACAGCGAUCUGGAUCACACCAGUAACUGAACAGAUCCCCCAAGAUACCGGUUACGGACAGGCAUAUCACGGAUACUGGCAGCAGGAUGCUUACGCCCUCAACUCCCACUAUGGUACAGCAGACGAUCUCAAAGCUCUGGCUUCAGCUCUUCACUCACGGGGCAUGUACCUCAUGGUGGACGUCGUUGCCAAUCACAUGGGUCACAAUGGCACGGGAAACUCUGUGGACUACAGUGUCUAUAGGCCAUUUAACUCGCAAAAGUACUUUCACAACUUCUGUUGGAUCUCUAAUUACAACAAUCAGACAAAUGUUGAAGACUGCUGGCUAGGCGACAACACCGUCGCCUUGCCGGAUCUCGACACUACCCGUACGGAUGUGAAAAAUAUGUGGUAUGACUGGGUCGAGACGCUUGUCUCUAACUACUCCGUCGACGGCCUCCGUAUAGACACAGUCAAGAACGUUCAGAAGAACUUCUGGCCCGGCUACAAUAAUGCUUCAGGCGUAUAUUGUAUCGGAGAAGUCUUCGAUGGAGACGCCGCAUACACCUGUCCUUAUCAGGAUGACUUGGACGGAGUGCUCAAUUACCCAAUGUACUAUCCACUCCUCCGAGCUUUCGAAUCCACCAAUGGCAGUAUCAGCGACCUCUAUAACAUGAUCAACACCGUUAAAUCUACCUGCAGAGAUUCUACGCUUCUGGGGACUUUCGUCGAGAACCACGAUAACCCUCGCUUCGCCAACUACACAAGCGACAUGUCCUUAGCCAAAAAUGCCGCAACGUUCACCAUCCUAGCCGACGGCAUCCCCAUUAUAUACGCCGGUCAGGAACAGCACUACAGCGGGGGCAAUGAUCCCUACAACCGCGAAGCGACGUGGCUCUCGGGCUACAAGACCACCAGCGAGCUCUACACUCAUAUCGCCACAUCGAACAAGAUCCGUACCCACGCUAUAAGCCAAGACAGCGGAUAUCUCACCUACAAAAACUACCCGAUUUACCAAGACACCUCGACUCUUGCCAUGCGCAAAGGCUACAACGGCACCCAAACCAUCACGGUUCUUUCCAAUCUCGGCGCCUCUGGGUCCUCGUACACUCUCUCCCUCCCGGGAACAGGCUACACCGCUGGUCAAAAGGUCAUGGAGAUAUAUACCUGCUCGAAUUUGACAGUCGACUCAAAUGGCUCGGUGCCAGUCCCCAUGAAGAGCGGAUUACCACGGAUCCUCUAUCCCGCGGAUAGGUUGGUUAAUGGAAGCUCAUUUUGCAGUUCCGCGAUGAGCGUCUUCAAGCAUGCUGGGGGAGUAAUGUUGUUCUUGAGCUACACUGUAAUUUUCGCUCAGGUGCUUAUUGCUAUAAUGACGUGA